AGUGGCUGGUUUGCUUCUUUGCUUGCUAAACAUGGCCGCUGGUUCUGGUGGUGGUAUGUUCGCUCAAGCGACAAGGAGAGCAGCCGAGGCUCGUUUCAAGCAGCGUGACGUUGAUGCUGAAGGACAAGAAAUUGACUUUGAUGUGAGGGAGGAUGAAGAACAAAAUGUCAAACUGAGUGAGAGUAUUGACCUUCUCUUAGCCGCUGGGUACUUUAGGGCUAGGAUCAAGGGACUCUCACCUUUUGACAAGAUUGUGGGUGGUAUGACUUGGUGCAUUCAAACGUGUAAUUUCGAUGUCGACGUUGAUCUGUUGUUUCAAGAAAACUCUACCAUAGGACAGAAGAUUGCUCUUACUGAGAAGAUUGUUGCUGUGUUGCCAAGGAUGAAGUGUCCUCAUAGACUGGAGCCUCAUCAGAUCCAAGGACUGGACUUUAUACACAUUUACCCUGUUAUACAGUGGCUGGUGAAACGUGCUAUAGAGACUAAGGAAGAAAUGGGAGACUAUAUCAGAUCUUAUUCUGAAUCACAGUUUAACAAAUACCACACAACACCUAAAGAUAGACAAUUUAAUGACAUGAAACCAACAGCCACUGGUUCAAUUGGAGACGUCAAGUCUAUAUACAAGCCACAGAGACAGUACAGGAGACCAGCCUCAGUCAAGGAAUCUGAUGAAGAGACUCAAGUGCACUCUACACUACUGGAAUAUGGAAGACGUUAUGGCUUUGGAAGAUCAGUUCCAACACAAAAAUCUGACGAUGAUAAGAGGAAAGCUGUAGCAGGUGCUCUUGGUGGCGGAGAGGCCGAGGGAGACAAGAGUGAGAGACAGAGAGAGGAGGAGGAGAAGAGGAUAAAGGCACUCAUGAAGGGAAUGGCAUCAGCUGGAACUGAUGAUACCCUCUCCAGUGCUAUGGUUGGUUCUAUUGUUGGUAUGCAGUCAUCAGAAAUAUUGCAAGUCGCCUCUGAAUACGAAGUUAAACGUGCUGAUUUAGAGUCAGCUCAACCAUCAGAGAAGGUCUUAGGUGCUCAGUCUCACCUCCGUCUUGUCACUGGACUACAGAAACAAAUUGCCUCCUUUGAGAAGAAAUGCUCAGAAGUUCAAGCUAAGCACGAUGAGUUGUAUUCCGAGUAUACUGAGGCACAGGAGGAACUGGCAGAGGUUAUUAAGAGGAAGGAAAGGAUAGCAAGAGAAAUGGAGAAACUUAAUGAAAUGGAAAAUGAAGAGAAUGCAGAAGUAUUGAAUCAGUUGAGGUCACUCGUGUCUAUGAAUGAGAGCUUGAAGAAACAAGAAACACAAUUCAAAGCUCACUGUAAAGAAGAGAAGGAGAGGUUAAGUGGUCUCAUAGCUCAGUUGAAGCAUGGAGAUGAUGAGAGUGAAGACUCUGAGAGGGUAACUUCACUAAAGACUCUUCUUCAAACUGACCAAGAGAAACUACAGAAAAUUAGAACUUUACUGGCUCGCAAGAAUAGGGAGAUAGCUCAGUUGCAGAGAAAGAUCGAUGAGAUACCUUCAAGAGCUGAACUGACUCAAUAUCAAAGAAGAUUCAUUGAACUAUACAGUCAAGUGUCCUCCAUGUUAACUGAGACUAAACAAUACUUUACACUUUACAAUACACUGGAGGAUCAGAAAGCUUACAUGGAGAAAGAAGUUGGAAUAUUGACUUCAAUUCAUGAGAAAUUUGAUUUAGCAAUGAGUUCUGAUAAGAAUAAGGAGUUGUUCUUACAGCAAGUCCAGCAGAUAUUGGACGGUAUCAAGCAAGACAAGGAGCAGUUGGGUCAGAGAUGUGUCGAGGAGAGGAAAGAGAAAGAUCGACUUACAACCAUCCAUCUUGAUCUCAUUGACAAGCAGAGGAAGUAUUACAAAACUGUUAAAGACUUUCAAGAAGAGUGUCGGAAGAAUGAGAUGUUGCUGUCUAAAAUUAAAUCAAAAAAUCGCUAAAGACUUUUUUACUUGCUUUGCAUGUUUAUUUUUGAGAUGAGACUGUGUAGUUAUUGGUGCUACUUGUGUGUAUUAGUCAUGUUUUAAUUUGACCAGAGUUGAAGUAAUAAUUACAUCAAUUGUUUUGUUGAUUUUGAGAAACAAAAA